AUGGAUGGCCUAAGUAUUGCAGCAAGCAUUAUUGCGGUUGUUGAUGUGUCGGUUAAGGUAAUCACUUUAUGUUCGCAAUACUCUAAGGCAGUCGCCAAUGCUGGAGACGACAUAGCGCGCCUGGCAACGCUGGUAAAGGGUCUUAAAACUACGCUGGACCACGCCAAAGCACUGAUCGAAGCUCCGCAAGGCGCAUCGUUGUCUACGUCGCACGAUUUACAAGAGCAGCUCGUGGGAUGUCAAACCACGCUUCGAGAGCUGAAUAAGAAGCUCGAACCAGGCGUCGCUCGUGCGUCAAAGCACCGGUUCUGGGCUCGAGCCCUCAAGUGGCCAUUUAGCCAUGGAGAACUCGAGGCUACGGUGUCUAUUCUUGAACACUAUCAUCGCAGGAUUAUGGAUGGUCUACAGAUUGAUCAAACCACUAUGCUUCUUCAUAUCAAAAAUGGCGUCGACAACUUCCCAGCUCCAACGGAAGAGGACGUGUCCAUAGCUAAAAAGCCUCAUUUUGUCGUACCUUUUCCUCAGGAUCCAGAUUUCGUCCCACGACCGGCUGUUCAGGCACAGAUUCGCAAGCAACUUUCGGGUAAGGCGAGUCGAUUAGCACUCAUUGGUAUGGGAGGGUUUGGGUAG